ACAAAAAUCGAUUAGAAAAUUGCGGGUUAAUAGUAAUGCUCCCCAUUUCACACGAACCAGAGCCAUCCAGCACCACCACAAACACAUGGCCGCCACCGCCACUACCGGCGACCGAACCAGCGCGAAGAUCCUGCUCACGUCGCUCUCCGCCAUGGUCGCCGAAUCCGCCACAUUCCCCAUAGACCUCACCAAGACGCGCCUCCAGCUCCACGGCCAGUCCCUCCCCUCCCCCUCCUCCGCCGCCGCCGCUCGCCCCGCCGCCGCCACCGCCUUCCGCGUCGCCGCCGACAUCGUCCGCCGGCAGGGUCUCCCCGGCCUCUACCAAGGCCUGUCUCCCGCGAUCGUCAGGCACCUCUUCUACACUCCGAUUAGGAUCGUCGGUUACGAGAAUCUGAGGAAUGCGGUCGACGCGGGCGAUCGGUCCCUCUCUCUCCCCGGCAAGGCGCUCGCCGGCGGAGUUUCUGGAGUCGUGGCUCAGGUUGUGGCGAGCCCCGCGGAUCUUGUCAAGGUGAGGAUGCAGGCUGCUGGUCGUAUGGUGAGCCGGGGUCUUCAACCUCGGUACUCCGGGCCUUUGGAUGCUUUCGGGAAGAUUGUACGCGAAGAAGGUGUCCCGGGGCUUUGGAGAGGGGUUUUCCCAAAUGCGCAGAGAGCAUUUCUUGUGAACAUGGGGGAAUUGGCGUGCUACGAUCAGGCGAAGAGAUUCGUCAUUCAGAAUCAAAUUGCUGAAGAUAAUAUAUUUGCCCACACCUUGGCAUCGAUCAUGUCAGGUCUAUCAGCUACGGCUCUGAGCUGCCCGGCUGAUGUGGUGAAGACGAGAAUGAUGAAUCAGGCAACAAACAAGGAUGGUAAAGCGAUGUAUCUAAGCUCUUAUGAUUGCCUGGUGAAGACUGUAAAAUUUGAAGGCAUAAAGGCUCUUUGGAAGGGCUUUUUCCCGACAUGGGCGAGGCUUGGUCCUUGGCAAUUUGUGUUCUGGGUUUCUUAUGAAAAAUUUAGAACAAUUGCAGGCAUGUCAUCUUUCUGAUAAACUUGGAGUGUCUGCGAUCACUUUGCAUUGGGUGCAAGGGUAAUCUCAAGUGAGAAUAAGAUAAUGAGAUUCCUCGUUUUUCUGGAUCAGGCACACCAAAUGUCUCUGCUUUUUACAGCAUGGUCAAUUUGCCCUGAGGUGCAAUAGGUAGUCAUAAGUCAUCAUCACUUGCUCUUCAUCUGAUGAAUAACAGGUGUUGCCAACGAGGCAAGAACAGUGUGAUAAUAAUCCAUUUCAGGAUUGCACUGGGGAAGAUGGUGGUGAUGGUCAUCAAAAUGUUGUUACUUGUUUUUGGCUUUUAAAGAGAUAUCGAGAUGCUCUUUGUUUGAA